UUUUCUUGACAUUCAACAAGGAGUCGCGCAUUUUUGCUGAGAAGACUAUAAACCCACGAGGCAAUGCCUUGGUAUCCGGAUGCUUUCUUGCGCAGAGAGACGGAGAGUGAGGGGAGUUGCUAAGUUAUCUAGAGGAAGGGCCGAUCGCCCUCUCGGGCCAUGGAAGCUCUGAAGUUAUGGAGAACGAGCCUGCCGCUGAAGCAUUUCGUUAACCUCUCAAGGUAUGUACGGCCGGCGGUCCGGUGCGUGUCGGCAAGCGGAAGAACGGCGGAGAGGAGGAGGCCUGCUACGGCUUCCACCUCCGACAGAGACGCCAUUCGUACCAUUCGUCUCAAUAAAGUAGAGGAUUUAAGGUCUCAAGGAUGUGAGCCAUAUGCAUAUAAGUGGAAUAAGUCGCACAGUGCUGCUGAGCUACAAGAACUAUAUAAGAACUUAAAAAAUGGGGAAGAGGCUGAAGAGGAUCUGGUAUCAGUGGCUGGAAGAAUAAUUGCUCGAAGAGAUUUUGGUAAAAAGCUCUCAUUCUUGAUACUGAGGGAUGAUUCAGGGACCAUUCAGCUUUAUUGUGAAAAGGGAAGGUUUCAAGGAGAACAAUUUGGGCAACUGAAGGAUUUUGUUGAUAUAGGUGACAUAUUGGGUGCUACGGGAUCCAUAAAGAGAACUGAGAAAGGCGAACUUUCUGUGUCUGUUCAUUCUUUUGCAAUCCUCACAAAGUCCCUGCUUCCACUGCCAGAUAAAUAUCAUGGCCUUACGGAUGUGGAUAAGCGAUAUCGUCAGCGGUACUUGGACAUGAUUGCAAAUCCUGAAGUAACAGAUAUAUUCCGGAUAAGAGCUAAGAUUGUGUCAGAAAUACGCCGAACAAUGGAAGCCAUGAAUUUUGUGGAAAUUGAGACUCCUGUUUUACAGGGAGCAGCAGGUGGAGCAGAAGCUAGACCUUUCAUAACAUAUCACAAUUCACUUGGAAGGGAUCUUUAUUUGAGAAUCGCAACAGAACUGCACUUGAAGAGAAUGCUGGUUGGAGGAUUUGAAAAGGUCUUUGAAAUAGGUCGGAUAUUCAGAAAUGAGGGCAUUUCCACUCGCCACAAUCCUGAAUUCACAACCAUUGAGAUGUAUGAAGCAUAUUCGGAUUAUCAGAACAUGAUGGAUAUGGCUGAGGAGAUCAUCACCAGAUGUGCACUUGCUGUUCAUGGAAAGCUAACUAUUGAUUAUCAGGGGACAGAAAUUUGCUUAGAAAGGCCUUGGAGGAGAGAAACUAUGCAUAAUCUUGUGAAAGAAGCAAUUGGAGUGGAUUUUACUGGGUUGGGUGAUGACAUCAAAGUGGCUAAAGAAGUAGUCAUAUCUGCACUAAGGAAUCUCCUAGACCCAAAAGACAGAAUCUCCAUAGAGUCAUGUCCAUCUGUAGGUCAUAUGCUUAAUGAGGUGUUUGAGACGAUUGUGGAACCAACACUUGUGCAGCCAACUUUUGUGCUGGAUUACCCAGUUGAGAUAUCACCUCUUGCAAAACCGCAUAGAAGGUCUGCAGGUUUGACCGAGCGGUUUGAGCUAUUCAUUUGUGGUCGUGAACUAGCUAACGCAUUCUCAGAAUUGACUGAUCCUAUUGAUCAGAGGGAGCGCUUGGAGCAUCAAAUUAGACAGCACAACAUCAAGCGAGCAGCAAAGAACUUGGGUUCAAAAUCUGCAGAGUCGGAGACAACAGAAGACGACGAUGAUGACUCGUAUGAAGUCAGCCUGGACGAAGAUUUUCUGAACGCUUUAGAAUAUGGGAUGCCACCUGCUUCUGGAAUGGGGUUGGGGAUUGAUCGGCUAGUGAUGCUUCUCACAAACUCUGCAAGCAUCCGUGACGUUAUUGCAUUCCCAGUUCUCAAGCUUCAACAGUAGUAAUCUCCCUUCUUUUUAAAUUAUUUGUCAAUUUUAUUUCCCUUUUCUCUGAUGUUAAAUUGCAGCUAUCUUUGUGAUUCUCUUCAAAAUUUUAGAUGGUAAUUUUCUUUCCCUUGUGGAGAAGAGUAAAUUGCCCAUUCAAGAAGUCAGUUUCUGUAACAGUAAGGGAAUAACAUUGAUGUGAUGAAUGAGCUCUUAAGAGUUGACAUUUUA